AUGUCGGGAGAGAUUACGCUCGAUCUGGAGAGAAAUGGGGGAAACCAGUUCCUGUCUAAUCAGACGGUGCACAACUUUGCCUGGAAUGACUUGACGGUCACGGUCAAGGACCGUCGCACCAAGAAGCCUCUCAAUCUGAUCGAUGGUAUCUGUGGGAAUAUCCAAAGGGGGGAGUUGGUCGCUUUGAUGGGCCCCUCAGGCUGCGGUAAAACGACUUUGCUCAAUGUCCUUGCUCGCCGAUCUCCCACAUCCGGUGCAAAGACCUCCGGAGAAUGCUACGUCAACGGUGGAAAGCUCGACAAAGCCACCUUUGGACGGAUCACUUCCUAUGUCGAGCAGGAGGACGCUCUCAUCGGCUCAUUGACCGUUCAGGAGACGCUCAAGUUCGCUGCGGAUCUCUCCCUGCCGAGCUCUGUUUCCAAAGCCCAGCGACGUGACCGGAUCCAGACCCUCUUGGAGUCCUUUGGUAUUCAAAACCAGGCGGCCACCCUGGUUGGAACUCCAAUCCGAAAGGGCAUCAGUGGAGGCCAGAAACGCCGAGUCAGUGUGGCCAGUCAGCUUAUCACCUGCCCUAAGAUUCUGUUCCUGGAUGAGCCCACCAGUGGUCUCGACUCGACGGCGAGUUACGAGGUGAUCUCAUAUGUUAAGGAGUUGGCUAUCGCCAAUAACCUCAUCAUCAUCGCGAGUAUUCAUCAACCGUCAACAACAACAUUCCAGCUCUUCGACAAGUUGCUUCUUUUGUCCAAGGGGAAAACGUGCUAUUUCGGUCCGGUUUCCGAUGUAUCGACUCACUUCGCCAGCAUCGGCCAUCCGAUCCCUUCCAACACGAAUCCCGCCGAAUUUCUUCUCGACAUCGUCAGUUCCGAUUUUGCUGAUAGCAAGGGGGGAGAUGCUGUGGAACGUGUGCAGCAGAUUCAGGCAUCCUGGGCAACUGCCACGGGCAGUCAGGCCUCGUCGCAAACGAUCGAGCCCUCUGAAAAGGAUAGGAAGGAUAUCCCGAUAGAGGAGCUCUCUCGACCCAACGUCGCGAGCAUCACAUUUUCUCUUCUCCACCGCUCGUUCAUCAAAAGCUAUCGCGAUGUUGUGGCGUAUGGGAUCCGAAUUGUCAUGUAUCUGGGACUCGCAAUCAUGAUGGGCACAGUGUGGCUGCGUUUACAUGAGUCGCAGGAGUACAUCCAGCCGUUCAUCAACGCCAUUUUCUUCGGCUCGGCCUUCAUGAGCUUCAUGGCCGUCGCCUACGUCCCUGCCUUCCUCGAAGACCGCGCCACCUUCAUCAAAGAGCGCGCCAACGGGCUCUACAGCGCCCUCCCCUUCGUUAUCUCCAAUUUCAUCAUCGGUCUCCCCUUCCUCUUCCUCAUCUCCAUGCUCUUCUCCGUCGUCGCCUACUGGCUCUCCAACUUCCGCCCGGACGCCGUCGCCUUCUUCCGCUUGGUCAUGUGGCUCUUCCUCGACCUCGUCGCGGCGGAAUCCCUCGUUGUCUUCGUCACGGCCAUCUUCCCCAACUUCGUCAUCGCGCUCGCACUCGUCGCCUUCGCCAACGGCCUCUGGAUGAGCGUCGGCGGCUUCCUCGUCUCCCCCACCAUCCUCAACCCCUUCUGGAAAUACGUCUUCCACUACAUCGACUACCAGGCCUACGUCUUCCAGGGCAUGAUGGUCAACGAGCUCGCGCACCGCACCUACGCCUGCGGCGACGGCUGCAACUGCAUGUACCAGACCGAUCUGGCGGACCAGUGCCGCAUCCGUGGCACGGGCGUGCUCGAGGCGUAUGGGUAUACGACGGGGCGCACGGGCAAGUGGGUGGGCAUUCUCGUGGGCAUUAUCGCCGUGUAUCGGCUUUUCGGGUGGAUUGCGUUGGCUCUUCGGCGGAGUUAA